CGCGCGCCAUCGUCCCGCGACCAGGGCGGCGCGCGAAGCUGCGCGUUCGCCUCCAAAACAACCAAAAUGGCCACUCAGGCGGCGAACCGCCAUUCGAGUAGAGACGGCACCUUCGGCGGCUGCGGCUCCUCGGAGCACGCGGGCGCGGAUCCGGACUCCGGGAACCUCGACAGAACCCGCGGGGAGCCCGAGAGCCUGGCGCCCGCUUCGCUCAACGGCAGCGGCGCCGAGGAUGACGAGUCGGAGGCGUCCGUGCGCGAGCGUGAGCGCUCCGCCACGCCGCGUGCCACGGAUGGAGGCGGCCGGGAGCCCGAAGUGUCGGUGGAGAUCGGAGAGACGUACCUGUGUCAGCGCGCGGACAAGACGUGGCACUCGGCAGAGGUGAUCCAGUCCCGGCUCAACGAGCAGGAAGGCAGGGAGGAGUUCUAUGUCCACUACGUGGGAUUCAACCGGCGGCUGGACGAGUGGGUGGGCAAGGCACGCCUGGCGCUCACCAAGACGGUGAAGGAUGCCGUGAGGAAGAGCGUGGAGGGCGGCGGCACCGGGGAGCUGGGAGAGCAGCCCGAAAGGAAGAUCACGCGCAACCAGAAGCGCAAACAUGACGAAAUUAACCAUGUGCAGAAGACCUAUGCUGAGAUGGACCCCACGACGGCGGCUCUCGAGAAGGAGCACGAGGCGAUCACCAAAGUGAAGUAUGUGGAUAAGAUCCAGAUCGGCCGCUUUGAGAUCGAUGCCUGGUACUUCUCGCCCUUCCCCGAGGACUACGGCAAGCAACCCAAGCUGUGGAUCUGCGAGUACUGCCUCAAAUACAUGAAGUACGAGAAGACGUUCAGAUACCACUUGUCGCAGUGCCAGUGCAGGCAGCCGCCGGGGAAGGAAAUCUACCGCAAGAACAACAUCUCUGUGUACGAGGUGGAUGGUCGAGACCACAAGAUCUACUGCCAGAACCUGUGUCUGCUGGCCAAGCUCUUCCUGGACCACAAGACCCUGUACUUUGACGUGGAGCCAUUCGUCUUCUACAUUCUCACAGAAGUGAACCGGCAGGGUGCACACAUCGUCGGCUACUUCUCCAAGGAGAAGGAGUCCCCAGACGGCAACAACGUGGCCUGCAUCCUCACCCUCCCGCCGUUCCAGCGCAGGGGAUACGGAAAAUUCCUCAUAGCCUUCAGCUAUGAGCUGUCCAAGCUGGAGAACACAGUGGGCUCGCCGGAAAAGCCCCUGUCAGACCUGGGAAAGCUCAGCUACCGCAGCUAUUGGUCCUGGGUGCUGCUGGAGAUCCUCCGGGACUUCCGUGGGACGCUGUCCAUCAAGGACCUCAGUCAGAUGACCAGCAUCACACAGAGUGACAUCAUCAGCACCCUGCAGUCCCUCAACAUGGUCAAGUACUGGAAGGGGCAGCAUGUCAUCUGUGUGACGCCCAAGCUGGUGGAGGAACACCUCAAGAGCGCCCAGUACAAGAAGCCCCCUAUCACAGUGGAUACCAUCUGUCUCAAGUGGGCUCCUCCCAAGCACAAACAGGCCAAGUUCUCCAAGAAGUGAAGGAGUGCGAGUUGGGCUGGGAGCCACGGGGGUUGAGACGCCGUUGUUCCUGAAAGGACCGCGUUUAGUUCACCUGCACGCCACCUAGCGCAGUGCUGUCACCUUCUCUCCGUUUUUGUACGUUCUUUGCAUUUCCUGUUCCAGAUAUCUUUUUUUGUUUUGUUAUUAUUAAAGUAUGGCUGUACUCAGCUCUGUGUGUGUUGUGUUCUAUGUCUGCGUGAUUUCUGAGGACAAGCUGUGUGUGUAGAACCACUGCCCA